AUGCAAGUAGUUCAGCCAACAAGCAGUCCAGGACACAAGCAGGCAGUUCAGCAACAAGAAAUCCAACGCAUGCAAACAGUUCACCAAACAAGCAAUCCAGGGCACAGCAAACAGUUCACCAAACAAUCAAUCCAGGGCACAAAGCAGACUGUUCAGCCAACAAGCAGUCCAACGCAUGCAACAGUUCACCAAACAAGCAGUCCAGGACACAAGCAGACUGUUCAGCCAACAAGCAGUCCAGGACACAAGCAGGCAGUCAGCCAACAAGCAGUCCAGACACAAGCAGGCAGUCCAGCCAACAAGCAGUCCAGGACACAAGCAGGCAGUCCAGCCAACAAGCAAUCCAGGGCACAGCAGACCGUUCAGCCAACAGCAGUCCAACGCAUGCAAACAGUUCACCAAACAAGCAAUCCAGGGCAACAAGAGACUGUUGUCCAUCACACAAUCAGCCAACAAGCAGUGUUCAGCCAACAGCAGUCCAACGCAUGUUCACCAAACAAGCAAUCAGGGCACAAGCAACUGUUCAGCAACAGCAGUCCAUCGUUCAGCAACAAGCAGUCCAGGACACAAGCAGGCAGUCCAGCCAACAAGCAGUCCCAGCACACAAGCAGGCAGUCAGCCAACAAGCAGUCCAGGGCACAAGCAGACCGUUCAGCCAACAAGCAGUCCAACGCAUGCAAACAGUUCACCAAACAAGCAAUCCAGGGCACAAGCAGACUGUUCAGCCAACAAGCAGUCCAUCACACAACCAGCCCGUUCAGCCAACAAGCAGUCCAGGACACAAGCAGACUGUUCAGCCAACAAGCAGUCCAACGCAUGCAACAGUUCACCAAACAAGCAAUCCAGGCACAAAGCAACUGUUCAGCCAACAAGCAGUCCAUGUUCAGCCAACAGCAGUCCAGGCACAAGCAGACUGUUCAGCCAACAAGCAGUCCAACGCAUGCAAACAGUUCACCAAACAAGCAAUCCAGGACAAGCAGACAGCAACAAGCAGUCCAUAACACCAGCCCGUUCAGCCAACAAGCAGUCCAGGACACAUGCAGGCAGUUCAGCCAACAAGCAGUCCAGGACACAAGCAGGCAGUUCAGCCAACAAGCAAUCCAGGGCACAAGCAAACAGUUCACCAAACAAGCAAUCCAGGGCACAAGCAGACUGUUCAGCCAACAAGCAGUCCACAAGCAGACCGUUCAGCAAACAAGCAGUCCAAACGCAUGCAAACAGUUCACCAAAAACAAGGCAAUCCAGGGCACAAGCAAACAGUUCACCAAACAAGCAAUCCAGGGCACAAGCAGACUGUCAGCCAACAAGCAGUCCAACGCAUGCAAACAGUUCACCAAACAAGCAAUCCAGGACACAAGCAGACUGUUCAGCCAACAAACAAUCCAGGGCACAAGCAGCCCGUUCAGCCAACAAGCAGUCCAGGACAGCAUGAGGCAGUCCAGCCAACAAGGCAGUCCAGUCCAACAAGCAGUCCAGGACACAAGCAGGCAGUCCAGCCAACAAGCAGUCCGGACACAAGCAGACCGUUCACCACAACCAAGCAGUCCAGGGCACAAGCAGACCGUUCACCCAAACAAGCAGUCCAGGACACAAGCAGCAGUCCAGCCAACAAGCAGUCCAGGACACAAGCAGGCAGUCCAGCCAACAAGCAGUCCAGGACACAAGCAGACGUUCACCAACAAGCAGUCCAGGGCACAAAGCAGACCGUUCACCCAACAAGCAGUCCAGGGCACAAGCAGGCAGACACCAGGCCAUCCACACCUCUCGCGCUGGCCAGAAUAUUCAACGGGGGGGAGGCACAGGAAAGGUCGCAGGAAACAGCUGAACUAA